UUCACGCACGAAAAGACAACAGAAGGUAUAACAUAAGUCUAUGGUCCCGCAUAAAAGACCAACAGUGACUUAGCUCUUGUCAAAAGUCCGACUUGUUUUACUGGCGGGAAAAGCCGUCCUAACUUAAGUCACCGUCAGUAAUGGACGGUGCCAUGUUGGUGGCUGAAGAACCCAAAAGUGCAGCGGAGCUGAGAGCCUCCGACCAAGCUGUCUCAUACCUGUCCGGCAUUGAGCCCUCGGAGCUGCAGAGGUGUGUGUUUCCGGAGUCUCUGGUGAUGGUGUCGGAGGACAGCAGAGAUUUGGGGACAUUCAAAGUGGAAGUGGAGUUUUCCCGUCGCCUCGAGCAGCCUUGCAUGCUGCUACACGCUCAAAGCCACGGAGCAGCUGAUGGUCACCCCUGUGGGACGACGGUGACAGACCACCGUGUGGAAAAGAGGAGCCACAUGGUGCAGAGUGAUGGGAGGAUGCUGAUUGAUAAAGUCACCACUGUAGGAGAGGAGGUGACAAAAGAAAGUGCCUCCUAUGCCAUGUCUGACCUCAGAGGGCUGGUCACUGAAGGCUCCAGCCUGCUGCUGAUGCGUCUGCUCGCUCUGAGGAAGGAGGUCCCCGAUCGCAUGGCCUUUAUCUCCUUGGAUCAGAGUUUGCAAAUCACCCCCACCACUUUUAGCGAGCUGGGCAGGAAGCAGAUGGAAAUCGGCGACGAGGUCCUGGAGGUGUUUGGGAUACAGAAGAUGGUUCACUCUGUGGAGGGGAGCUCCCCUACCUGGCAGUGCUUCUUCCUGCAAGAUGGCCACUUGGCCAGCAGGAUGCAGGUGGGAUCCCCCGUCACCACGAAGCUUCUGCAGCUGCCAUCAAAGUCACAGAAAGGUUUUCAUUUCUACACGUGUGCACGUUUUGAAAAAAUCCCACUUGUGUGGGAGGAGGACAUGCAGAUGCACUCUAACUUCCUGGACAGAAAGGCGGAGCUGAAGGCGGACCACACUUCGUACCUGAGACAGCACCCUGAAAUUCGAGCCCUCAUAUCUGACUUCUUGCAGUUCUUGCUGCUGAGGAAACCAAACGAUGUUUUCCAGUUUGCCAAAGAGUAUUUUAUCCCCUUUUCUUCCACCCAUCCUCCAGAUCAAACCUGAUACUCCAGACUCCAGCCCCCGUAUAAAGGAAACAUGGGGCUUUGUGAUCGGUUCAAUAACUUAAUAGAGUUUAAUAAAGUUUGGUGUACCAAUGGCAUUUGACUGCUAAGCAAAGUGACUCGUGUAUAAAGCUUAUUCCAACCGUAGGAGUUUCCCUAUCGGUUUCCGGGAAAAGGCGGAGUGGCUGUUUUGAAAAAAAAAGUGCAUG